ACCGCUGCGAAUGCAAUCAACGAGAAACGAGCGAAUUGCAACGAGCAGGCGAAAAAUCACAAAAAGCGGAAAAUCACAACAAUCGUGGGUGCAAACGAAACGGAAAUUGCGAGGCAACGAAAAGUCGGGUCCCGGAAAAUCCAAACGGAUGGCCAAGCGGUGAAACGCUGAUGAAAGCAAAGGCGCACUUGGCGCGAUUCGAGGGGAAAAGCGCGUUGCGUUGCGUUCUUUUCCAAAACCGAUUUCGAUUCCAAAAACCAAACCAAUCCAAUACCCACACUCAUACACUCGCACACCAGCGCACACACACAGACACGCGCGCGCAUACAGUGAGCGAGUGAAAGUGCAUCUACAUCUGUGAUUUCGUAUAUAAUAAUGCGUCGCGCAUACGCGGAUUUGGCCAGCAGAAGCACCAAAGACUAACAAGUGAUCCGGAGCCGGGGACUGACUGAGUUGGCUGGGCUCAUCGACCCACCCACCGCGUGAAAGCCCCGCCAGAAAUGGCCGAUCAGGUGGCGCACACCAAAGAAACGGAUGCAGAUGAGCCGCUGGUCAAUGGCGAACUGCCAAUGGAGGAGGCGCCGCCUUCCUGCUGCCAUGUGAUGUCUCUGUCCUCCAUGGAUGUAGAUGUGGAUGCGGAUGCGGAGGGCGAUGUGGAUGCCACAGCGUCCUCCUCCUGCGUCGCCACCGCUUCCCAGCUGAAUUCGUCGCCACCGCCUGCUGGUGUCCAACAGGCGAAGCCGGCGCGGAGCAGCUCACCGCCAUGCCAGCUCCUGGAGCGGCUCAACUUUCCCGACGGCAACAUCAUCAACACGCUGCACACGAUCCUCGCCCUGCCUCCUUUCGAUCCAUAUGCCCCCGCCCCCAAAGCGGAGACGGUCUACAAGGAGGUCGUAUCGCUGAUGCAGUGGAGCCAGCGGGAAGACAACGCCAUCGAACUGGAGCUCAGCGACAAGCUGCUGCACGAGUGCGAGCACAAGGGCGGCGAUCCCAACGAUGAGACGCGAUCGUAUUUGAUGGCCAUUGAGAACAUGCGCCUGUUCUCUGAGGAUCCAAAGAAUCCGCUGCGUGACGCCGACGGACAGCUGCGUGCAAUUACGCUAUAUUUCCAGAAUCUUGCCUUCAUAUUUGUGAAACACCGGAAGGAGGAGUUCUUCACAUUUUGUUCCUGCAAGGAAUGUCUCGAAUACCGCGAAACCAUCAUGGCCAUCAUGAUGGAUCAAUUUAAGGCUGCGCACAUGGUGGUCAUGUUGCUAGACGUACUGAUCAAGGCCUACAGCCCCAUGUUGAAAAACGAUGCUGCCUACAAUAAGUUUGAGAAGCUGCUUGAGUGCAACAAGGAGAUCUAUUGGAUUACGAGCGGCUACCUCUACGAUAAAAAUGCCGAAUAUCUUGAUUUUAUUGAUGACACAGCGAUCUCCGACAAUAUGAUAUUAGUGCUAUUCAGCGCCAUAUUAAUGGCUAACAAUCCGAUGCUGCUGCUACAAAUACUCGCCUAUAAUGUCGAAUGCAUUGUGAAGGCAUUUUCCGAGGGCAUGAUCGAAAUUGCCCAAAAUAUUCAGGAAAACGAGAAGAUUUCGGCAGAAAGGAUGCUGACAUACAUUCUGGACGGCUACUCUGAUCUGAAUUGCAUCUCGCAGAAGAUCUCGCUCAGCUUGUUUGCGUUUGAAAACGAUUUCCUGCGAAAGUUCAGGCUGUCGUGGGUUCUCCUAUGCCAGCGCCUUUUCCAGCAGCAUGUAUUCACACCCCUGGGUGAUACCAUGCUGGCCUGCAUCCUGUCGUUGAAGGAGGUGGCUCCAUCGGCCCAGACGACGGCGCUGAUUAAGCGGUACAUGCUGUUCGACGAGCACAUGCACUCCAUUGAGCGGCGCUGGACGGACAUCUGGAUCGAGCUAAAUAAGUUUAACUUGUCGCCAACGGAGCACGAGCGUCGGAUGGGCCUGCUCGAUGUGUACAACAUAUUCGAUAAGGUCGUCCUGGACGCCACAUCGUUUUCGCUGCCGGAUAUCAGCGACGAUGAGUUUAUAGACUUCCAGCGCAUCGUCGAUCGCCAGCUGGCCUGGAAGAAUAUCAUGGCCUUCACGAAGCUGAAGUGGCCCGAUGGGUUCUACGAUCCGCCCAAUAAGCUGGUGCACGAGGAUCUCUGCAAGAAGUGCAAUUCACUUCUCGAGCACCAUAACGAGAACUGCAAAUGCAUCACUUGCUCCAUCGCCGGCACUCCUUUGCGACCGCGACAAGCGGGCCAUUGCGCCAAGUGCACAACGCUCGGCAUUGUCGUGAAGGAUCCGAAGCUGAUGAAGUCCAAGAUCCUCAGCACCUGCACCAGUGAUGAGGCCAAGCACAAUGCGGCCAUAGCGGCUACCACGAGCUCCUCCACCUCCACCGCCCAGCAGCAGCGACGCACUAGCGAUCUGCCAGAGGAUGAGUCACCAACAGGCAGCGCCAGCAGUGGAUCGGUGUUCCGUCGCCAGGCAGAGACGUCCGAUACCCUGCGCACCACAUAUCACAUCGCAUGGGCGGUAUUCCAGCACCUGGCCACCAGGAAGCGCUAUCGCCACGAAACCAUCGAGCCGCAGUUCAUCUGCGGUGAGAACUGCCGCGUCUCCGCAUGCCAGCUGGCUAGAAAGAUCCUGUCCAACCAGCUGUCGCCGCUGCUGACCAAAUAUCUGCUGCGCUGCUUCCAGCCGCUGUCGUUUACGCGGGAGGAGCUGCGCUCCACGAUUCCAUCGCUGAUGUUCUUCAAUCGGAAGCUGGCGCCCAGUCCCGCCGAGCUGCAGGAGCUGCGAAACCAGCACUAUGUGUACAAAACAUACUGGACCUUCGUGCUCUCCAUCUACGCCAACUUCUUUGUCAAAUUCAACUCGAGCAGCACGGAUUUCGGUCACCUGGAGCUGCUCAAGGGCGAUCUGCGCCUGCGGCUAAACAGCGUGGUUGGCGACAAGGAGGACAAUCGGUUCGAGCAGUUUCUGGCUCAAGUUAUUGGAUACUCACCUUUCAAAAUCACUGAUGAUUUUACUUUGGGUGAUGCCAACAUAGAGAAGUUGCAAUUUGGAGUGGAUCAGCUAAUGAUGUUGCACGAUUCUCAGAUAAUAAAACGCACUAAACCAGAUAGCACCACUGGCUUAUCGGGUGCCAAAUCCAAGUUAGGGGAAUCGAACGUGCCCCAGUCCGGAGGCAAAAAUGGCGAAGUUGGCGGCAACAAGAAGAGCAAGGAGAAGAUGCGAAAAUGCUGUUCUGACUACGCGGACAUUGGGGAGCCCUGCAAGGAGAAUCAUUCGAAGAAACGGGUAAAAAAGGAGUGCAAUCAUGCGCGCUUCAAUGAGACGCGCGAUCGGCUGCGUAAGAAGCUCUCCCAGAUCGUCAACGAGCGUAAGACCAAGUCCACGGAGGAGGCCACGCCGUCGAAGACCAAAUGCAGCAAGCCGGAGCCAGUUGUGCCGGUGCCCGCACCGGCAGCCAUCCCACCGAAGCGGCCGCCAUCACCCUUCAAUCCGCCAAAGUUACCAGCAGUGUUGGCUGUGGCGGCUCUCGACAGAAUUUGCCGCGAAGUGCACGAGGACGACGACAGUCUACUGCGUCUGGACAGCCUCUGCAAGAGCCUGCAGAGGCACACGGAUGCCACAGACGCCUCGGCUGCGGCUGCUGCUCUGGCCGCUUUCAAGCACGGUAGCGGCAUCCCAGCGGACUACAGCAAAGAGGACAUGAUGCAGGACUUUGCUGAGUUCCUGGGUACCUAUACCUAUACCCGUGAACAGGACCAACAGCGCUGGAUCAAUGAGACGCUCAACUUUAUCGAGGGAAAGUCCCAGCAGCCGCACACCGCGAAUCCGAAGAAAGCGGCCAAGAAGGCCAAGCAAAAGAUGCGCAAGGAGGAGGAGAAACGUAUUAAGGAGCUGGAGGAUCUGCGCUGCCAGUUUCUGGACAUCUAUUUCAAGGAGUUCAUUGACAAGUAUGAGAUGAAGGCCUUGACGGCUGCAGGCGGCCGGAAAAAGGAGAAGAAGCGCAUCGGCGAGCUGGAGGCGAACAUUAAAAACCUUCAGCGGGCAAAGGCUAAAGUGGAGACGGUGAUCCUCGAACUUAUCGCCACCGUCAAGCAGACGAACAGCGAGUUCAAGUUCUCCUACUUGCCUACCAAGCAACAGCAGCUGGCCAAGAUGGCCCAGCUGGAAGAGAUCCUGAACGGAGGCCCGACCACUGCCACUGCCGAACCUGUUAGACAGGAGCCUCCACAGCAGUCUGCGCCGCAGUAUCCCGAGUUCAGUAGUAACGCCUCCUUUUACCAUCCACCCGGACUCGGGCAGCAGAACACGCCCGUAUGUUUCGCACCACCCCAGCAGUCCCAACAUCCGCCCCAACUGUCUCGCGAUGUGAUCGCCGCCAUGGCGGCCAGCUCCAUCACUGCCGAUCCCUCCAAGCGCAUUGUGACAAUACGGCGGGUGCAGCUGCCUCAUCCGGGCGCCGAGCAGCAGGUGACAGUAGUGGCCAAAGGCUGUGCUCCGCACGAGGACAAACUGCUCUACACUUUUGUCAACGGGCAUAUGGUGGCUUCGGGUCCGACACAGCCGGAGGAAACGGCUCCUCGACAUGCCACGGUUCCGGCUACAGCGCCCAGUGUUCCUGAAAAGAGUGCCAAGGCCAAGAAGAAAGAGGCUAAGCGAGCUGCCGCAGCAGCGGCAGCAGCAGCAGCUGCGGCUGAGGCUGAGGCAGCAGCAGCGGCGGCAGCAGAAGCUGCGGCGGAGCAAAAAGCCAAGCUAAAGAACAAGAAGCAGGCGAAGAAGACAGCCGUGGCUGUGGCCACCGCCUCCAGUUCCACAGCGAGCAGCAACUCCUCAAAGUCGCAGACGCCGCAGAGUACGCGCGAAAGCUCGGUGUGCAGUGUUAAGCCAAAGACUGCACCCAAGAAGCCGACUUCCAAGCCACCCAAGGUUGUAGAAGUGACACCACCACCGCCUGUUCCCGAGCCGGAACCGGAGCCACCCAAGAGGCAGAAACGCUUGAAGUCGAGACUGGAUCCUGGCCAGUUGGACAACAAUCCGUGGAAGGCGCUGCACAUGCAAGAUUCGUCGGAGGGAGAGUGGGAAACUGGUAGUGAGUCGGACGAAGGAGUCCCAACACCAGCGCAGCCACCAAUACCAAUAAGGCAGCAGCCCAAGCUGCCAGCUGCUCCGGCGCCCAAGCCCGUUGCACCAACAGUGGUCACAAAGGCGAAGCCGGCUCCAGCCGCAGUUGCAGCACCUGCCAAGAAGGUGAAGCAACAGGAAGCACCGGCCAACCAAAAGCAACCAGCUGCCAAGGCUCUGGCACAGCCUAAGAGCAAAUCGACGUCUGCUUCCGUGGGCAAGUCCAAUCCGCCGCAACAGCAGCAGCAACAGUAUCAGCAGGAAAAGGUGCCGCCUACCAAGAGCCAGCAGCAGCGUCCAGCGGAAUCAUCGAGGAAGCAGAAGCAGGCUCCUGGCAAUCUCGAAUCCAAUCGCAGCGCCCCGAAUCAGCGCUGUGAGCACUCGCAGACGCAACAGGCGCCUCGCGGUGGACGGGUCAAUGGCCGAACAAAGCCCUCGCCUGGAGGCCAACAGCAGCCCGUGCAGCAGCACUCCAACGCUCAUGCGGCGGAGUCCAUUGCUCCGCCAAAGAGGUCGCAGCGUGGAAAGCGCGGACAUCGCCAGAAGCAGGAGGAUCUCUCCGGCAUUCCACACAACAUGGGCUAUUUCAAUCCCAACGAAAUUGCCAUACCGCCGCAGUCGGGAAGCUAUGCCAGCACCCUGGCUCAGCAGCUGCAGCAUUUGCGCAUCAGCCAGCCAGGAGGUAGCUCCAGCUCGAAGGAGGCCCAGUCGCCCAACUGCAGCAUUAUGGACCAGCUGAACCGCGGUGUACAGGUGGAACACCUUUCCCUACCGCCUGGCAUCACCCUCACCAAGGUGGAUCCGGCUAAAAGCGAGCAGUUGCGCCAGAAGAGCGAGUCCAUCCGCUUGCUGUCCAAGCCACUGGCCGAGCAACAGCAGCAGCAGCAGCAGCAACAGCAGCAGCAUCACUUCCAGCAGCAGUCUCACCUCCUGGCCGGCUACUAUGGAGCAGCCGGUGCCGCUGGCAUGGAUCCCAACGGUGUUAUCAUGGUGGAGGCCAACCCACGGCCCAAUCGCAGCCAAGCUCCAGUUGCACCACCCAAUGUGGCUGCAGCGGCCUCCGCAGCGAGCGCCAAUGGAAAAGCCUCCAGGCGUCGUCGCCGCAAUCGUGGAAAGUCUGGUGGCGGGAGCGCCGGAAACCCAGGCAGCUCUGGGCCGGCCAACAAGCAACGAACGGGAGGAGAAGGCGGGGGAUCAGCAGCAGGAGCGGCUGAUGACCAUAUAUUGGCUCACUCGCCAGCCACUGCAGCCACCAUUGAAGCUAACGCCAGUGGUAAUAUCAUCACGCUGCGCAAUCCCAUGUUCCAUCAGGGCAAUGGUCCAGUGGCCGGUGGAGGCAUGAUGCCGCCCAAUCCCAAUCCCAUGCCGCCAGUGCGAAGCUUUGGCGCCGGACUUCCGGUUCCUCCAGCCAUGUCCUUGGACCAGCCUGCCGCGAUCAUCAAGAACGAGAACGGCAUGUUUACCAUACGCAAUCCGGCGCUUCACCAGGCUGUGACCAAUGGCCUGGCCAUGGGAGGCUAUCGCCAGUUCGGAGGCAAUGUCAACUAUUACACGCCCCAAGAGGCUGUGGCGGAAGCGGCACGAGCCGCCCAGCAAAAGCUGCAGCAGCAGCAGGCCAGUGCGGCCGCAGUUGGUCAUGGAGGCGGCGACAGCUCGAAUUUCUCCUACUUCUCCAGUGGCAACAGCAGCGGAAAGAACAACGGCGGCAAUGGCGGCAACGGGACGCACAACAAUAUCAGUAUUAGCUGUACCAACGUUCCCCCAACCAGCGCCGAAAGUCCUGGCCGAUUGGUCGGCGAGGCGGCAGUGAUUGCCCGUCCCAAGCACUCGCAGAAAUGUCUAUCGGCCAUUGGCAGCGAGCUGAAGCAGAAGGCCAGCAAGUGGCCGUGCUUUGGUCAGCAGCAGCAGCAGGAUUAUAGCAAUAAUGCUGGCGGACCAGCGAGCGGAGUGCCACUGCAGGAGCAGUACCAGCAGUCGAGCUACUACAACGGCUUCGAGGUCUUCUCGGCGGCAACGGCUACCGCAUCGCACGGUCCUGGAAACGGCGGCGGAACGACCGAUUGCCACAUGCAUCACAAUUGUGGCGACGACUCUCCGCCGCCCACCAUCACCGGUUUCAAUUCCUAUCUGGAGGGCAUUCCGAACACCGGAGUCAUUCGCUACGACGACGCCGCCUUCCUCAAGAACCUGAUACCGGGCCAGCAUCUCAACAACGAGGUCUCCAUACACAAUAUUUCGGAGUCCAACUUCACACGCAACAACGCGUCGCCGUCGCCGCAUCACGUGGAGAUCACCAGCGUGUUUGGCAACCGGGCCCGCUCCUCCAACGCCUAUGAUCCGCAGCAGCAGCCGCCGCCCGUUCCGGGUGCCAACUACUGCGACAACGUGGCCGCCGACUACGGCAGUGAUUCCCACCUCUUCGGGCAGAACAAUCUGCUGACGCGAAUGGCACAGCCGGCGGUUCCGCCGGACCCCUUUGGCUAUGACUUCGAUCCCUCCUCGGUGGUGCCGGGCGGAGGCUCGAAGGCGGCCAGCGUGGCCAGCGAUCUGAACGAAUUUCUGCGCCGCAGCCCGCUCAGCCAGCGAACAUCGCCGUACAGCCAGGACGAGAAUGCCGCCGCCCUGGAAACCUUCGUGCAGAACAUGAACGCGCUGCAGAUCGCCACAGAUGCAGAGUGCUCGCGGCUGAACGGCACGGCAACUGGAGGUGGGCCGAACGAUGUGGCCUCGGCGGAUGCCACCGCCGGAGGAGCCGCCAAUGCGGCCGCCGCCUGGUGGUGAACCACAUGACACGAGGUGCGCUGCCUGGCCAGCAGAUUGAGUUGAACUCCUCACAUUCAUAACACUCUCUCACAUACGCAGACAUUUCAUCGAUGAAAAGCAGGAAGAAAACAAAAAAACGAAACAUAAAAA